AUGGAAUACCUUAUCCGAUUCAGUCAGUCGCAUGAGACGUUCCGUUUGCCUGAAAUCCAAGCACUGGCCGAGCUGGGUGGAAUCGACCUGAAAGUUCUUUACUAUGAUCCGGAAUCUCCAUACUGCAUUGUCCAACUCCCUGCGGAAGAGGCUGCUCGUUUUCUCAUGAGCCGUUCUAUUUUGGCGCAGAGCAUACACGAGCACUGGGGCACUGGUGACAACUAUGAAGAGCUUCACGAGGACGUCAAACGGCGCACAUCGCACCUUUGGUCAAAGUACAUGCAAUGUAGUUUCAAAUUCAGUCUAGACAUCUUUCAGGGUACCAGAUCCAAUACCAACAGACGCGAGAUCAUGAACUCAUUUGCAUAUCUCGCAUUUGCUGGCGAGAUCAAGAUGACCAAUCCUGAUGAGGAAUUCAUCAUCUUUGAGCACUGGGACUUUCAAGCCGUGACACGGAAGCUUCCGGCGCCCCUGAAAGUACAUUUUGGUCGCUUUAUUGCGAAAUCUGUUCGAGAUUUGAUCAUGACUUUUGAUCUCAAGAAGCGAGGAUAUAUCUCGACGACUUCCAUGGAUAGCGAGUUGGCUCUGAUCUCGGCCAACAUGGCCCUUGCUGGGCCAGGAAAAGUCUUCUAUGACCCUUUUGUUGGCACUGGCAGCUUCCCAGUGGCCUGUGCCAAGUUUGGCGCAUUAGCACUCGGCAGUGAUAUCGAUGGACGGAGCAUCAGAGGCGAGAGUGAAAAGAAGAGUUUGAAGGGGAAUUUCAAGCAAUACGGCUUGGAACAUUUGAUGGGAGAAAUGUUCGCCAGCGACCUCACGCAUACGCCAAUUCGCAAAGCCAGGAUCCUCGAUGGCAUCAUUUGCGAUCCGCCCUAUGGUGUUCGGGAAGGGCUGAAAGUCCUCGGUGUCAGAGAUCCAAUCAAGUAUGGAUAUGUUAUAGAAAAGGGAAAGGAGUUUUACAAGAACGACGACUUCGUACCACCCAAGAAGCCAUACAGCUUCAACGCCAUGCUCGAUGAUAUCUUGCAAUUUGCAACAGAUAGGCUUGUCGACAAUGGUCGGCUUUCCUUUUGGAUGCCCACUGCCAACGAUGCAGACCAGGCUAUCGACGUACCCACCCAUCCCUGUAUGGCAAUCGUGUCUGUCUGCGUACAAGUGUUCAACAAAUGGUCAAGAAGGCUCAUCACGUACCGGCGGUUGCCAGACUCGGAGAUCGACACCGACGCGUUGGCACAGAGGCAGGAACGCGUGCAAGCAAACGGCGUCACAGCAGACGAGCUGAAUGAUUUCCGGCGACACUACUUCAAUGCGUUUCGAACGGAUUCUGCAGUUGAUCAAGCGCCAGACGAUGCGACGCCCAAGAUAAGCGCUUGA